CAUUUAAGCCGCCAGCGUUUCCUCAUAAAUACAUACCACAACUUUAUCAGCUAACCCAAAACUUGAAGUCUCUUUUGUUCAGUUGACGGCCAUAACUGAUCAGCCUACAAUGGAAUCCCUCCACGAAAACGCCAUCCGAAAACCUCUGUUUCAAUCACAAACUUCGGAUACGAAAUCCGAAUCUACAAGUUCGGAGCUUGAGGAUGUUUUGUCGGACGGUAACUCUUCCUUGUUGGAGCGUUGGGGAAAAGCGACAUGUAUCGAAUCGAAACUCCUUUUCCACUUGGCAGCGCCGGCUGUCAUUGUUUAUAUGAUCAACUAUCUCAUGUCUAUGUCCACCCAAAUCUUCUCCGGUCAUCUCGGUAAUCUUGAACUCGCCGCCGCCUCCCUCGGAAACACUGGCAUCCAAGUCUUUGCUUAUGGCCUCAUGUUAGGAAUGGGGAGUGCAGUGGAAACGCUUUGCGGGCAAGCCUUUGGAGCACACAAAUACGACAUGCUAGGCAUAUAUCUUCAAAGAUCAGCAGUUCUCCUCACCUUCACAGGGAUUCUUCUCACACUCAUCUAUGUCUUCUCUAAACCAAUCUUAUUAUUACUAGGUGAAUCGCCUGAUAUUGCUUCCGCCGCUGCAAUUUUCGUCUAUGGUCUAAUACCACAAAUCUUCGCAUACGCCUUAAAUUUCCCCAUUCAGAAAUUUCUGCAGGCUCAGAGCAUAGUGGCCCCUAGCGCUUACAUAUCCACAGCCACAUUAUUCAUACAUCUGUUGAUGAGUUGGGUGGCGGUGUACAAAAUGGGGCUUGGUUUGUUGGGUGCGUCCUUGGUGUUGAGCUUGUCGUGGUGGAUUGUGGUGGUUGCUCAAUUUGUGUAUAUAGUGAAAAGCGACAAGUGCAAAUAUACAUGGAAUGGGUUCAGCAGUCAAGCCUUCACUGGCCUGCCGGGAUUCUUCAAGUUAUCGGCGUCGUCGGCGGUGAUGUUGUGCUUGGAAACUUGGUAUUUUCAGAUUCUGGUUUUGCUUGCAGGGUUGCUCGAGAACCCAGAAUUGGCUUUGGAUUCACUCUCCAUCUGCAUGACGAUAUCUGGAUGGGUGUUUAUGAUUUCGGUGGGGUUCAAUGCCGCAGCAAGUGUAAGAGUUGGGAACGAGCUAGGAGCGGGACAUCCAAAAUCGGCGGCGUUCUCGGUGGUCAUAGUGACGGUACUUUCAUUCAUAAUCUCGGUGGCGGCGGCAAUAAUAAUAAUGGUUCUACGUGAUGUCAUUAGCUACGCCUUCACAGAGGGUGAAGUGGUGGCGGAGGCUGUUUCAGAUCUCUGUCCGUUUCUAGCAUUAACCCUUAUCCUCAACGGAGUUCAGCCUGUUUUGUCCGGUGUGGCUGUUGGGUGUGGAUGGCAAACUUUUGUUGCAUAUGUCAACGUGGGCUGCUAUUACUUUGUCGGGGUUCCCUUGGGUUCUCUUCUUGGCUUUUACUUCAAUCUGGGUGCCAAGGGAAUAUGGUCAGGGAUGAUUGGUGGCACAGUCAUGCAAACCCUGGUCUUGAUUUGGGUAACAUUUCGAACUGACUGGAAGAAGGAGGUUGAAGAAGCUAGAAAGAGAAUGGAUGCCUGGGAGGUUAAGGAGGAGCCUCUUUUGAAGUAGACACUUGAUUUGAGAUCUUGCAACCCCCCCCCCUUCCCUGGCCCAGUCCCCAAAUUUUCCAACCCAAGACCCUCAACCACGAAUUCGCCUUCCCUUGAUUGAGUAUUCUCAUUCAAAAUGCUGAAGCAUCAGUCCAAUACUAUAUUCAUCGCCUGUAUGUACACUUUACUGAAAGUGACUGCCAUUUCUAUGUCAAUAUAAAGAAGAAUUCCUGCAACAGGAUAAAUUUCUUAUUUUCACAAAUAGUACGAAGUCAUAUAUAUUGAAAUUGCACGCUGAUUUGCGAAUGUUGCAUUUUUCUGUCAAAA